AUGGCGCUUCAUCGUGCGUUUGUGGUUUUCCUGUCGUUCUUUUGCUCUUCUGAAGCAUUUUUGUCGUCUUCUCUGCUAACACUUGACAAUAUAACUGCGCUUAAAACUCGCGACCAUGGCAUAAUCACAACAAUCGGCCUCUUACAAAGUACGGUAGAAUAUUUAAAGGAGAAUCCCCAAUAUGUCGAACAAGGAAGUGAAUCAGCAUUGGGAGAUUUCUCAGAGUUUUUAAUCUCGGCCGAUAAACCAACCCAGGUAGAAAUGUUUUUUAGGCUAAUGAAGUCAAGAAUGCGUGUACAAAAUGUCAUUGCAGAGAUACAAAGUUCAAAUGUGGAAGUGAAUUCAGCGCCUUUGAGGAACAUCGCUGCCGUUCAUUUUAGCGGAGAACAGUUUAAGGAAGGAUCAAAGCGUCUCCAACAAUUAAAAUCAGCAGUGAUUUUAACAUUGUUAAAAGGCGUUAAGUUUGAACACGCUCGCCAGCUUGCUGGUCGAUAUUUGCACACUUUGCAAGAUUUCUACAGUCACUCGAACUGGAUCGAACUCGGAUAUCGUCUCAGCAGAGAUAACAAUAUUCCUUUAGAAUCAGUCACUUCUAACGGAAAUGAAGCUACUUGUAUUCCCUGUUCAAUAGCGGCUAUGGAAUCAAACGAUGACUGUAACGAGAGGUUGAUAACAGAGAAACUUACAAGUGGAUAUCAGGAAGGACAAAACAUUUUAAAGCCAGCAAACGCUAGCAAAUGUGACCAUGGUGGUUUUAUAGACAGUAGAACCGCCACAAGGGGCGGAAUAAAUAAAGAUACGGCGUCAAGGCUGUGGUCACCUCACUAUAAGUAAGUAACGAAAAGUAAUUUGAUAUGUUUUCAAAUGUAUUGAAACGGCGGUAUAUUUUUUACGAAAGAAAAUUUUGACUUAUAAAUACAGUAUUAAAUUUACCUGUUUGAUUCUCUUAUUGUUCAAGGAUAUAGCAGCGUGAAAUUUAAAUAAUAAACUUGCAUUUUUUAUUUACUAAAAACUAAGUCUUCUUAAUCUAUUUGCACACACUUCUCAAUCGUGAAUUAAUAUAUUUACACUCCUCUCAUUCCAAGACCAGUUGAUACUUGAUAGCCGCUCUGACUACUUAACACGAUCAAAAGUGAUAAAGAAUCAAAAAAGCGAGGAUCACCAACUUAGCUAAUUCAGAUAGCUAAGAGCACAUUAAUAAUUAAGAACGAACGCUGCGUCUGCAAUUUUACAUCUCACCUUUUUCUCCGGACACAAAAAUAAAAAAAAUAAAAAAAGGAGGGGAACACUGAAAUUGCAGGUGAAAUUUUCUUGACUCAAAAAAUAUUUUGUGACAGGACUUCAAGAAAAAUCUGGAAACAAACAAUAUAAUGGUCUAUAUUUUACACUUAAUGUUUGUUUCUUGCGGCAAUUAUUUUUCUAGUAGGCUUCUACAGAUGUAUUGCAGCUGUAACAAGGGUAUCUUACUAUUAUUUUACAAGAAAAUUUUUGAACUGAGUCGAUGACACUACUCGGAAUAGCCCACGUUCGAUACAUUAAAAUUCUAACACGACUCCGAGGCUUUCUGGUUUAUUUUUCUUAUUAUAUUGGGAUUAGUUUUCUUUGUGCUCAAUUCUCUUCUGGGAAUUGAGAGACAAUGGAGUCGGUCAAAAUUUGCAAUUUUCACCCUAAAGCCUCAUGUUAGAAUUUUAAUGCAUCGAACGUGGGCUAUUAAUUAUCCAAUGCCUGCGGCGCUUUCUCAAUCAUGAUUGAAAAAGCCCAAAGAAUACAUUAGCAAUUCAAAUUACAGAGAUAAAACAACAAUGUUUAAAAAAGUGAGCCGUAGGCUUAUUUUCAAAUGAAUAAAAUUAGAUAUUAAAUUCAUGUUAACAUCGAAUUAUCCACGAAGGCAGCAAAAUUUUGGAAGUGCAAAUUUAUGCUCUAAAACGAAUAAACAAUUGUGUCAUUUGACAACUCCUAUCAGUCAUCACUUUGUAAACUCUGUAUGUAUCAUUAAGUUGUUCUAAAGACCAGCCAAACUCAUCAGUUAAUUUUUAAAAUUUAUAAAGAGGGAAGUACUAAAAGUUGAUUUAAUUGCAAAAAAAAAAAAAUGAUGAUGAUAAUAAUAAUAAUAAUAAUAAUAAUAAUAAUAAUAAUCAUAAUCAUAAUAAUAACAAAUUAAAGUAAAAAAAAGAUGUAUUUGAUUGAGUAAACCUAUCUUAUUUUAUAAUUAAAUUGCGUGAUAACUUUGCGAACACCAAUGCCACACUUACCUAGCCUGCGAGCAAGCUUUCCUAGGGACCCACCCCAUGAAGGCUUGCUCGCCGGCUAACACUUUCCUUUCACUUUCCAUUACCAGACUUCACGCGAUUGCCGCAGAAGUUGCCAUUGAAGCAACAAAGGUGUUCUUCGAAGAUGUACGAAAUGUGGUUGGUGACGAAAUAUUUGCACGCUUUUUAGAUCUUCUGGCGGUACGAACAUUGGUGCUUGUCAUAGAUGAUACUGGCAGCAUGGGAGGUAUGUCUGUUAAUUUACUAUAUUCACACUGCUUGAUCAGUUGUAAAAUGGUUGCAGUCAAAAUGGUUUCAGUAACAAAUAAAUCUGUAACUAAAUGACUAACCAAAAAGGAGAGAAAGAAAGAAAGAAAGAAAUGUGGAAGAAGUGCUUCGAAUGAGAAUGAUGUAUCCAUCUUAGAGAUGCGUAGUUCGCUUUUCAAAACAUGUAGUUAGCUUUCUUACAAACGAAUUAGAAAGUAAGCCUGAAAGGAAAAAAAACUCACAAUGUUUACGCUUUUUGUCACCAGAGGAGAUCAAGUCAGUAAGGAAAUUAUCCACUGAGUUUGUGCGCAGCAGUAACAAUUCUUCGUCCAAUACUGGCUUUGUCUAUAUUCUCGUACCAUUUAACGAGCCAGGUACGUAAAAUGUUUCUCCCUUUUUUUCACAUUGUAAGAAACUAAAAAAUAAAUAGUCUCAGUAACUUAUACAGAGGAAAAAAAAGCCGCUCACUUGAAACUGUAUACUAAGCGAGGUCUUGUCUUUGAAGAAGGGCCGGCCAGGAAGUUGUUUCUCGUUAUAUUAAAAUUAAGUAUUCUCAUCUGACGUAUUGAAAUGUUGUUGAUUGCUCUCAUAGACGUGGGUCCAGUAACGGUAACUAGUGUCCCGGAUGAAGUGAUAGAAGCUGUCAAUUCUCUCAAAACCAACAGAGGAGGAGACUGUCCUGAACUAGGCAUGACCGGAUUAUACAAGGCACUUCUUCAAAGUCUCCACGAUUCUGUGAUAUAUUACUUCUCUGAUGCUGAUGCAAAAGAUGUUAACUUGGCACCAGUCGUUCUGAUAUUGGCAAAACAAAAGAGAGUGAAAUUGAAUUUUAUAUUGACUGGACAGUGCUCGUUUAAUCGUAAAAGAAGAUCUACCGGUGACAGUCCUCAACUAGGGUCACAGGCUCUGUAUACCAACUUAGCUGCAGCCACUGGUGGACAAGUACUUAAGAUUCAAAAGAGCAAGGUCAGGGUGUUUGUGGAUAUCAUUGGAUCGAAAAUUUCAGACAGAGAUUCUAACGAUCUAAUCGAGGUAAGAAUUGUACUAUUCUCUCUUGCUUUUUAUUUUUCAGUGAUGUACAGUCGACUCCCGAUAACUCGAACCUUCGAGGGAAAUCGAAAAAAAAGUCGAGUUAUCAGAAGUUCGAAGCAAAUAACCAGAAGUAAGAAAAUAAGCGCGAGGUUUGAGUUAUUGGGAGUCGACUGUACCACUCUACGAUGCCUGGUCAUAUGAGCUGUCUGUAAAGUUUUCGACAUAUCCUUCGAAGCUGAAGGCGAAUUUGCUAGGAGUUUUUCUAGUUCUCCAUAACAUACGAAAGCAGAAUUCAAUAAUUGUUAUAUUAUUCGUUAAAAUAUUUCCAAGCUAAAACAUCCAUACCACUGCAUAAAAUGUCCUCGAAACAUUUGCCAGUUUCUCAGAACUUUCAGAAUAUGAUCAGAUGUCCUCGUCUUACAAAGUAUUCUUUAAAAGUCAGUUGUCAUUCUUCAAGUGGCAUACUUGUGUCGAUUUGUGCAGUUUUGUAAACUUUUUUCUUGAUGGAUCACUUGUUAAGCCGCCGUGCCGAAAGGGUCGGUAACACUCUCCUUUCAGCAUAUUUUUGAUAUCAUAUCAGGGGUUAUCCUAUAAUUUAUAAUCAAACAGAUUGUGGAAGGUGUUUUCUGCGCGUUUCGCAAAGUCAAUUACUGGAAAAGGUCACUAAAGGCUUGUGUCAUAGUUUGAUGCGAGAUUUGUCUUUUGUAAUCACUCAUUUGAAUCGUUUCAGGUAGUGUUACUGCAUGCGAGUAGCGAGUCAAAAGAAGAAGUCCGAGGUAUAUCAUAUUUCAUUGAGGUGGACGAUACUUUAAAAGAUAUUCUUAUAGUACUUUCUGCUGAAGGAGAUCCCAGCGUAACACUGAUCAACCCAUCAGGUAAGAUGACUCAGUACCCUCAGUGUAGUCAUCAGUGAAAUGUAAUUAUUACACCUCAUCAAAUCAACUCAUGUUGAAGUGUGUGUCCCCAGUUUUAAACACGGUUGGUGAUUCUUUCCUCAGUAGGGAGAACUUUUUUCUAACGACUUAGAUUAUUGCUUUGUCAGAGAAUUGUUUCCUCUACGGCUGAUCCAGCCAUGAUUCUGAUGUGAAACUACAAAAGUUAUGGAAGGAGCGCGUCCUUGCAGCGUACAAAUUUUGCAGCUUAUAAUAAAUAAUAUUACGCUGACUAUAUCUUUAUCCCUGUACAAACUUGUACCAUAUAGAUACAGCUUUAGAGAAAGGUAACUAAAUCAGUACUUUCUUUAGUUGGGGAACAUGGUGUAAACUAAACCGUAAUCGCAAACCAACUCUUCACCUCUAUGACUACCCGCCGGUAGUAACCAAUAUACCUAAAGAAUGAAUGAUAAAUCAUGGAGGUAUCAUAAACCUGAAGUCUGAACACUAUUUGAGAAAUAAAACAGCACCAAAAAUUGCAGCCAUUUGACUAAAGAAGAGGCCAAAAUAACAAGUUUGUUCCAUCCAAUAAAACCCGAAAGAGGAAAAAAGCGCAAACUAAAGAAAGCGAAAAGGGAAGGAGGGGAGAAGAAAAAAAAGCAACCCUUGCACUAUCAUUUUUGUUUAACGAAAAAACAUACUUGACGGAAGAGGUCUAUUUUGACGUUUUACUUAAAAAAUUCAGCUAGUUCUCAUUUGCUUAAUUCAUUUCCUCCUAAACGAAAUACGACUGACGUCAAAAAUAGGUUUACGUUGCUGCGAAACGAAUACCAUCGCAUACUUUCAUGAAACUCCAGGUUCUGAUGUUACUUUCAUGUCGGGCAGGACUCCACAGAUCUGACAGAUUAGUCUUUUUGUUGUUUCCUGGUAACCAAUUAGUUUCAGCUUUAUUUGUAAAAAAAGUCCAAAGUUUGAAUAGUUGACAGUCGAUUAGAGCUAUCGGCAAUCCUUGUGAGACAAGCUUUGUUCAUGAAUAAAAUCGAACUUUUCUUCUAGCUGACCAGCCAAUAAAAGUAAAGACGAAUCCUUUUGAACGCGUGCAUGUGACUGAAGUUGGAAGUUUUAAGGGUGGCCCCUUGGAGGUUCGUGUGCAGUGUACUGGGCCUUUUAGUCUACAAGUGACUGGCCGCAGUGCCCUGGACUUCAGUUAUCAGCUGACCACGGUACAUGACACAGAUUCAGCCCAAACUAAGCGUCUACUUGGUAGCCCUGUAAAAGGUAACGCCCCGUCUUUGCCUUAAAAUUGUCUUUGAUUUGGUUACCUAACUUUUUUUUGUCUCAGUAUCAUUUGAGUUUUUGUUGCUGUGAUAUUGCUAAACCAGGCUUUCAGAGACUUGAUGACAAAAUUGAUUGGAUUGUUUUAGUGAUACUUUGGCUUAGCUUUGAUUCUGACUGUCAUUUACUGAUAUAAACGCUAUGAACUCCUCACUGACUUUACAGGACAAUUAUUUUGCAACAAUCAAAGGGAAAAAAGUGUAGUUAUGUACCCUAAAUGAAUUCUUAAUCGUUACUCAGUGCGCUGUGUGCUGAAUUGUUUAAAGAAACGUAAACAAAAGCGGGAUAUAUUCUCAUUGUUUCUCUCUUUGGUUUGACUGGACUGAAUUGUUUUUUUGCUGUGUACUUUACAGGUCAAACAUUGCUGAUUAACAUGGCUUUUACACAUCCAGAGCUUGUGAAUGAAGUGAAUUCGCUCUCAUUAGUGAAUGUGAAUGGUACAGUUAUGGAGACGUUUACUGUGAAGAAAGGUCAAGGAAUGUACAGCGGUUCAUUUUAUGCUCUGUUCACUCCAUCUGUUGAAAGAUUUCGCUUCCAACUGACUGGAAGAACAACACAUGGAAAAUUACUGAAGAGAGUAAAACCAACUGAAAUCAAAAUAGAGACAGUUGAACUUGGCUUUGAUGGCCUUCAACUGCUUGAUAACUUGAGCAGAAUUUACCCUGGCGUGAGAAGCAAAAUUCCACUAAAGAUAACAAACAUAGGAUCCGCCCAGAACUUUACUUUAAAGGCUGUUGAUGACUUAGGAUUUGUUAAGUCUCUGGUACCUAGUAAUUGUCUUGUUCCUAAGAAUGAGACAGUUGAUUUUUCAUUAUUCGUGGAAGCACCAAGUAAUGCUUCACAAGGAGAGACCAGUACUAUUGCCAUUUAUGCAACACCAAAAAGCAGCCAUCAGCCGUCCAACUACAUCUUGUUUUAUGUUGGUGUCACAGUUCAGGUGAGAAAGAGGCUAACCACGUCAUAUCUGUAGAUAGAGCAUGAUAUCGGGGGUUUCAUAAGGAUUCAAAAGAUUGACUUUUGCUUUCUAGUUAAACAGAAGUCCAAGCUAAGACACAACAGAGCUAGAGUUCUCGAUAAGUGCGUAAUGUUGAGACAACAUACGUGUACACCAACUCAAGCUAUUGCCAAUUACAAUUUUAACCAUCAAUAUCACAAGUUAGGUUCGUACAAUGGUGAUAUACAGGGACCGCGGAGCAAGGUGAAAAGUGGCAGGGCUGACAAUUGAAAAUAAUUUUUUCAUAUUGAAAAUCGAAAAAACGAAUAAAAUCAUAGUAUUUGAUUUGUUUCUGUCGCGUGACUUUGCAUACUUUAUCCAGUGUAUUUGUUGCUCUUUAUAGGUCGGCCAACUUACACGGUCAGUUCAGAUUCAAUGCAAGAAAAGACGCGAUUACAAUUUUAGUAUAGAAAAUACUACACUGAAGUGAUCUGAAAAAUUUCUAACUAUGGCCGUUCACUGUUCAAGUAAUGUUAUUCUUCUUGCCAUCGAAUAUUUCAUUCGAAAGGAGAAACUGACAAAAGAUAAAACUUUUAUCAACUCAAAACAACUACUCACCUUCGUUUGGCUUGAAAAAGCUGGUAAUUUUCUUCAUUUCGUCUGAUAAAACUGAUAAAAAACUCUGCCGGAGCUGGAAAUACAAAACACGCUGCCGAAAGAAGCGAAGGAGUGACCAAGGCAUGGCGUUUGAUCAAGGGGCAAGUCGGCCCCAGAGCACAAUUACCGCGAAAAGCACAGGAGCCCCACAAAAUGCCUGGCGUUUGAAAUUAAAGAAAAUACAGAGAAUAUAGCGGAAUAUAGACGGAAAAAAACUUGUUUCAAGUCUUUUUUUUAUUUUAAUUAUUUUUCUUUUAGCGCCAAAAGUGGGGGCGGGGACGCAAAAAAGUGGUGGGGCCGCGGCCCUACCAGCCCCUCCCCCUCCGCGGUCCCUGAUAUAUCAAGCACUUGAGCAAAGAGGAUGAAACAGCGAUAUGGAACAUUACACGUCUCAGGUUGCUGGGCCGUUUACCGCUCCAUUGGUAAAACAACAAAGAAGUCGUCAAUGACGAAAGACAAAUAGCCCGCGAGCCGAAGCUCUCGACGGGCAAAGAAAGAGGAGGGAAGUUCCUUCACCAUUGCCCCCUCCGAGAGUUUGCACGCAGGUUACAAAUCAGACACCGUCUCGUUUUUGUUUUUUCUUUUUUAGGAAAAUGACAUCUUUCCACCAAUAUGCGAAGUUGUAAGCCGAGAAGAAGAAAAUUGUGAUGCUAUAUACAGCCUAUCAAAUUGUUCAAGUAGGACUUGGAAUGCAUCCAUAAAAGUUUCUGACACGGGAAAAGGAUUACUCAAAGUAACGGCUAAGGGCUCCAACACUGGAAAUUUAAACGGUAUGGCUUUGAGUUUGUCUAAGAAAACACAGUAGUUGUCUGAAAAAUACAAGUUGUGACAUAUACAGGGUGUCCCAAAAGUUCGUUCCUCUACUGUAUAAGUCUGUAAUGCCGUACGGUUGGACUUAUUAAGCAAAUCGUUUCAACAAAAGUUAUGUGUCUUUCAAUAUAAUGUAUUAUUUCAUCCUUUUUGUACCAUUUUUUAACUUGUAUAUACGAUUUGUGUACUUUCGCGCCCAAGGCGCGCGUGCGCGAGUAUAUUUUCCUGCCGCAUCUUUUUUUGUAUUUUAAAGCGCGAAUUUCUCGAACUCCCUCCUUGUUUUUUGCAAAUAUCAUGAAAGACAAAACCCUCUUAACGCAAAUACUUCACUCUAAGUCUGGAGCAUGUUCAUGAAAAGCGAAGGUUGGAGGCCCCUGAGAUGGCAAAUAUAAAAACUGCUCACGAGGUUGAAAAGCUCAUUUUCCAUGACAUUAUCACUGCGGUAGUAUUGGACAACAUUUGCUUCCAAUACAUAUCCACCACAAGACUGGCAAAAUAAAUUUUUCAUUUCUUUGCCAACAGUUACACCAUUUGAGGAGGGGAACCCCAACUCGUCUGUGACAGCAAUCUAUACGUCUACUUGUUGCCAUCCCACAGCCAAUAUCAUAGCAGUUGAUGUAGUCGGUAACACAGGUUCGUGCAAAUUAAGUGCAGUAACGCGGGUUUUAAAGAUUCAAGCCCAGACCAAGUACACAGAACUAAACCUCAUGCCAGGAGAAACAACCAGACUUGAGUUUAAAAUCAAAAACUUAGGUACCAAAGGGUCUUUUACCACACGCGCGUCUGAAAGCAAACAUUUUACUGGCUAUGUUAUUCCACUCAAGUUUGAUAACUUAGAUCAUAAACAGGAAGCAAGAGGUGAAAUUGUUAUAACUGGUCAGAAAGACACAGGAUCUAAGAAGGCAAGUCUUGUGAUUAACGCUGAACCGCUGAUAAAAACGACGAAUGUUACACGCGUGCAGUUAUUUGAAAUUACUGUGAUUGUGGGAGCAAAAGAAGAGAGAACGCCGCAAUUCACACUGAACAAGGAUGCUGUUCUCAAGAGCGUGGUACCUAACAGAAAGGUGAACAUCAAGGCUGGAGCUAACGUGACAAUCAACUUUACUGUUAUAAAUGAAGGUGCGGAGAAUAAUUUCACCCUCAAGGUAAGAUCGAUACUGAACCUUAAAACUACCGCCUUGAACCUCCAUUAAAUGGCCAUCCUCAGGGUACCAGCAAGCGGCAACUAGUCAAUCAAUAAAGGGUCGUCAUAAAUAAUAGUGAUCUUUAGCAGAAACAUCACUUUAUUUUGAAACAAGCAAGAGACGGGAGCGGCAUCACUGGUUCACAACCAGUCCUUACCUUCUAUCUCGGACUUUAUCUUGGUUACUCAUGAUAUUUUAGUCAUAAAGCUAAACUAAGGGCUUGUUUACAUGGAGGUGGGGGAUCCCAGGUAGGUGAGGGAACCCGCGAGGAGUCACCCCACCUAUCAUGUAAAUGUGAUCAAAUUAAAAUAGUAGAUUAUAUGGACAGGCGGGUUACCUCACCUACCUGAGGUCCUCCACCUCCAUGUAACCAGGUCCUAAGUGUAUCAAGCGCUCGGUGACCGCUUAACAGAAGCUAACAGAGAUGACAACUAUAGGAGAACUGUCUACAGGUCGGCCAAAAGGUGGCAGUGUUUAAAAGACGUUUCAUUUACAAUUCUUUCUUUCAUCUUUUCCGGGACUUUGAGUUCCUGCCGCUUAAUGUAGGCUCAAAAAUAGAUCAGUUAAUACACCUUUAAAGGUACUUCAAUCACAGCAAAUGAUUUCUUAUUUGAUACCAAGUAUCGCAGCUUAUAUUGCAGGGCUGGUAUAUCGAUUACACAACCACGAAUAACAGUUUGAAACAAACACAAAUUUUGGCGUUAUAUCCUUACUUCCAGGUUUCAAGUCAUGUUUUCCUGAAAUGUAACGUAACUCCAAAGUCAGCCUACUUACAGCAAAACCAGAGUAUUUUAGGACAUCUAACGGUCAAGGCGUUACUUUCUGCAGAGCCUCAGAGCAGCAGGCGAGUCACUGUGUCAGCGGUAUCUUCAACAGAAAAUACAGAAAAGGUUAUAUUCACUCUUGAAGUAACUAUUCAAGAGAACAGAAUUGUAGAAAAUGAGAAGGAAAGAGAGAAGGAAAUGGCGGAGGCGGAGAAGGAAAUGGGAUUUUUCCUAAUAAUUGGAAUUGUACUCGGAGUUUUAAUAUUGCUUGCUUUGAUUUUGUUCGUGAUGUGUCUACGAAAUAAGAGAAAACGAGGAUCCUGGACUGUCUGGAAGUCAAAACCUACAGACUUGCAAAAAGAAAGGGUGAGAGUGGAGAUCUCAAAGUCAGAAAAAAGUGUUGGUAAACCUGAAAUAGUCUGAAUUUUUCAAUGAAGUACGUUAACUUACUGCUGCCGCCAUGUUAAAUCUGUUGAUCAAACUGUCGUAUCAUCUUCAAAUGGUCAAGCGUGAAGGCAAUCCAACUGACACGAAGUAACUUCAUUGGUUUAGCAAAUGGAGGAAAAACAGCCGCACAGAGGUUGCUAAAGAUACGACAUGCAGCCAAAGCAAAAGUGAGCUGAAAAGCUAUUGAGUGCUAUCUUUUCGAGACCACACAUUUUUCAUCUGUGGCUAAAUUGUUCAAACAUCACAGCGAUAGCCACCCCUAUAGAGUUUCUAACCCUGAGAAAGCGAAGAGCUUAUUUUGAGAGUCGUUUAACAAAAAUACAGAAACUAACAGUCCGG